AUGUCUUCCAAUACUCCAAGUGCGCCAAAUUGUGAAGGAGGAAGAGGGAAUUCAGCUUCCACCAAUGGAGGCUCGCAGAUGGUUCAGGACAACUCAGCUCCGAAUAAAACUCACGAAGGACCGUGUUUGCUGUGUAUGCGCGCUGCAGUUCAAGGCGAUCAUCUGGACCUCUGCAACUACCAGGCCAGUAUUGGAGAGGCUUGUAGCAGAUGUGUAGAAAGAGAUCUUCCAUGUUGUUUGGUUCCGGAUUGGAUCAAGAAGUUGUGGGAUAAUUAUACGUUGUGGAAGUUGAGCGAGAGGACCAGUACAGGGUUGAGCAUGAAGGAUGAGGAAUGGACAUUGACCGAGAAGACAGUCCAGAUAUUUGUCAUCAAUAUGGCUUAA